AUGGCCAUCACUACAGAGGAAGGAUCGAUGAAUGUCGACUUCAAGCUUGGAGACCCGGCACUGAUGCCAUUCUUCUACAAACAUAUGCUACCUUACAAGCCAUUGUUCCUCUGGCUCAAUCAGGACCAAAUCCCUAGCAAACUCUUCACUCAUCGUGAACUGGCCUUGACGCUUCAGAAUGAUGUCUAUCUGCGAUACCAGUCGUUCAACACUUCGGAGGAGUUCAAGAAAUCCAUACGGGACUACUGCCCAUCUCGUUUCGAAAUUGGUCCUCAGUACACUGCCCGACCUCGAGAUAGAAAGACACUUGCUGCUGGUGCUCUCCAGCCCCAAAGGCGAGAGCUUGUGUUCGAUAUCGAUAUGACCGACUACGAUGAGAUCCGAACUUGUUGCUCCGACAAGAAGAUUUGCAAAAAGUGCUGGGGCUUCAUUGCAGCCGCUGUCAAGGUGCUGGACCAUACACUGCGAGAGACGUUUGGCUUCAAGCACCUCAUGUGGGUGUACUCUGGUCGACGAGGUAUCCAUUGCUGGAUCUCGGAUCAGAAAGCCCUCGACCUCAACGAUGACCAAAGACGAAAUCUGGUCAACUUUUUAGAAGUCAUCAAGGGUGGUAGUCAACAGAGCAAAAAGGUCAGCGUACGGGGCAAGGACGGCAAUGAUGCGCCCCAUCCGUACUUGCAAGAGACCAUCACCACGCUCUCCCAGCUGUUCCCUCGACUCAUCCUCUACGAACAAGACUGCUUCCGCGAAGAAAAGGGAUGGGAGCUUUUGUUGGAGCUGCUUCCCGGAGACAGAGGCAAGUCGUUCCUGGCAUAUGUUCUGUGGUUGGUUCUGAUGCGUGCCAUAGCUGUGAACUCUGUGCUGCGUACAAAGUGGGGGACCGACCCCGGCCGCUCGAGCCACGAUAAAUGGAACGACCUCACCGCCAUUCUUCAUAAGAACAUCGAUACGCCUCUGGGGAACAAGAUCAAACACGCAAUUGAAGACAUCAUCCUCCAGUAUACCUAUCCUCGUAUCGAUUCUGAAGUCUCCAAACAUCGAAACCACUUGCUCAAAUCGCCCUUUGUUGUGCACCCCGGUACCGGCCGAAUUUGUGUACCUAUCAACCCGUCUAUGAUUGAUGAGUUUGAUCCAGAAACUGUACCCACUGUCAAUCUUCUCCACAGCGAGUUCAAUCAAUAUCAGGCUAGAAAGAAGGAGGAGGGUGCUGAAAGUGCUGGGAGACGGAUGGAAGGUGGGCAGAGUACCGCUCGAUUAGGUUCAUCUGCUAACAUCCGGGAAGAUUAUGAGCAUACAUCUCUGGCUCCAUACGUCGACAUGUUUGAAAAGCACAUCUCGGCCAUCAUGCGAGACAACAGGAAUGCGAAAAAGGGUAUGUUUGUGACCACUUCACCUGGCUGA